AAGAAGCCAAGAACCUCUCUGGCCCUCUCUCCGACUCUGUCUCGCCGCAAACCCCACACGGCCACACCCGCCGUCGUUGUUACGCCCCCAUGGCCAUGGCCUCCCCCGCCGCCGCCUCCCGCGCCCGCCGCCUCUUCAGCAUCUUCUCCUCCACCACUCCACGCGCUCAAGCACCCAAGCCCGCGCUCGCUCCAGCGCCUUCGCCCGCGCCCGCGCCGGCGGCCGCGCCGGACCAGAAUGCGGCAGCCGGCGAGGCGGAGGCGGAGGCAAAACCCAACGCGGGGCACAACCGCCGGAAGCGCCUCGCCAAAAUCCUGCGGGUCAUCUUCGAGGAGCGCAAUCCGGACAAGCUGGUAUCCCAGUUCAUCGCCGCGUCGACCGCAUCCCCACGCUUCCGCGACAACCACCGCGUGUACGAGGUGGCCGUGUCCCGCCUCACAUCCUUCGGCCGCAACGACGCCGUCGCGGCCCUCCUCGACUCGCAGAAGCCCUUCCUCAAGGCCUCCAGCGAGGACUUCGCGGCGCGCCUCGUCCGCCUCUACGGCCGCGCCUCCAUGCCGUCCCACGCCGCUGCGACCUUCCUUGACCUUCCCCAGAAGCACAAGUCCGUCACGGCCUUCAACGCCCUCCUCGCCGCCUACGUGGACUCAGGCAACUUCGACAUGCUCGUCGCCGCGUUCCAGAAACCCGGCCUCUCGACCGCCCUCGACGUCAUCCCGCUCAUGGAGAAGUGUGGUCUUACCCCCGAUGGGAUGUCUUUCAACAGUCUGCUUAAUGGGUUUUACAACAAUGACCGUUUUGAUGAUGCCGAGAAAGUCUGGGAGAUGAUGAAGGACAGGAAUGUUGAGCCGAACACAAAGAGCUAUAACGCAAAGCUGCGGGGUCUGGUUGCCAAUGGAAGGAUUGAGGAUGCAGUUGCUUUAAUUGAGGCGAUGCAGAAGGAUGGGCCUAAACCUGAUUCAGUGUCCUACAAUGAGCUGAUUCGAGGGUAUUGCAAGGAAGGGAGGUUGGGUGAGGCCAAGAAGGUAUAUGAUGAUCUGGUAAAGAAUGAAUGUGCACCGAACAAGGGGACAUUUGAAACUCUCGUACCACAUUUUGUGGAGGCUGGGGAGCUUGAUCUUGCUCUAGAUUGCUGCCAUGAGAUCUUUAGUAGGAAGUGCAGAGUGAAAUGCUCAUUGCUGCAGGGGGUAGUGACUGCAUUGGUUGCUGCAUCUAGGGUGGAGGAGGCUACCAGGAUUGUAAAGCUUGGGUGGAAGAACAACUAUCCUCCAAGGGGUUUGAAGAUGCCAGAACUUAUUGAGAAAGACAAAGCUGUAGAAGCUGAAACCGAUUGCGAUAAUUUUCUACCGUAUGAAGAGGGGAGCGAGGAGGAAUUGGAGUCUAAAACUGCUUGAGGGUCUCAUGAGGAUAUACAUUCGUAGAAUCGUAGGUUAGCCAUUGAUGUGUCAUGAUGCUAUGCUGAUGCACACGGUGCCUGCUUUACUGUUUUGUUGGUCUGAUAACAGAGGUGCAUUUAAAACUGCAGUCCUCUAAUACUUAAAUAAGAUAGUGGUUAUUUUUCUUUUGUGCUACAAUAUGCUUAGGGGGAAAAACAUCUAUAAUUUCUUAGAGUAUAUUUGUAGUAAUUGCUUGUGUUGCCUAGAAUGUCUAUCUUGAGAAUUGAGAAUUUUUGUCACAUGGCAAGAGAAGUGUUAACUUUUAGAUUUAAUGCCUUUUUGUUCUGUAACCAUUCUUAAAGGUAAUGUUUUAUCAUUGAUUGCAUUUGGAGGA